UUCUUUUUUUUCUCCGAAAUUGCAUCUGUUUACUAAGAUGUCGGUCAUUCGUCUUACUUGCAACGCCAACAACUACGCCUGGGGCAAGCACGGCAGCUCUAGCAAGGCAGCCCAGUUCGCCGCGACCAACCCGAACGUCGCCAUCGACGAGAACCAGACCUACUCUGAGCUCUGGAUGGGCACGCAUCCGAACGGCCCCUCGACAGUCUUUGGCACCACCACCCUGCUCUCGUCGGUCGUGGACGCUGACCCCGCCAGGGCUCUGAGCGCGGCAGUGGUCUCCAAGUUUGGCCCCCAGCUGCCGUACCUGUUCAAGGUGCUGUCGAUCGAAAAGGCGCUGUCGAUUCAGGCCCACCCCGACAAGAAGCUGGCGGAGAAGCUGCACACCGAGCGCCCGCACGUCUACAAGGACCCGAACCACAAGCCAGAAAUGUCGAUAGCGCUGACCGAGUUCAUCGCCAUGAGCGGAUUCCGCCCGCUCGAGGAGAUCUCGCAGAACAUCGACGAGUACCCCGAGUUCAAGGCCCUGGUUGCCACCUCCGCCGCUGCGUUCCAGCAGUCAGCAAAGGACGGCUCUACCCAGGACAAGAAGCAGCAGCUCAAGGUCCUGUUUGCCGAGUUAAUGAACUCCAAUCCUGAGGCCGUCAAGGAGCACCUGGAUGCGCUGCUGAAGCGUGUGUCCAAGUCUGCCGAUCCUAUGGAUCUGUCAUUGCCGGCCCUUGUCCACCGUCUGAACGCAGAGUAUCCGGGCGACGUGGGUGUGUUCUGUGUAUUUAUGCUAAACGUUCUUCAUCUGCAUGCCGGCGAUGCCUUUUAUAUGGGCCCGAACGACCCACACGCGUAUAUUUACGGCGACUGUAUCGAGUGCAUGGCGACAUCGGACAAUGUCGUGCGCGCUGGCCUCACACCCAAGCUCAGGGACGUGCCGGUUCUGGUGGAUAUGCUGACAUACGACUUUGGCACCCCCGAGGGCAAGCUGCUGAAGGCGCCCAGGAUUAUGCAGCACUCGACCAUCUACGACCCGCCUAUCGAUGAGUUCUCGGUGCUCCGCACCCAGCUCAGCAGGGGCGAGUCGGAGAGCGUCAAGCUGAGCGGCCCGCAGGUCCUCAUCGCCACCGAGGGCAGCGGCAAGCUGGUGGCCGACAAGGAGUACGAGCUGAAGCCCGGCUUCGUGUACUACAUUUUCCCGAACACGCAGUUCGCCAUCUCCGCCGAUGGCUCACUGGUCACAUAUACGGCUGUCUGCCAGGCAUAGCUUUUUUUAAUUAAGUAAUCGACCUUUUUCCUAGAUAUGGAGAUUUGACUGC